AUGAGCCGGCGGGAGCAGGGCGGGGAGGCGCGGGCCGCGGCGGCGGCGGAGGAGGGCGGCGCCGAGGGGGCGGCGGGGCUGGCCAAGCCGCCCUACUCCUACAUCGCGCUGAUCGCCAUGGCCAUCCUGCAGAGCCCGCAGCAGCGCCUCACGCUGAGCGGCAUCUGCGCCUUCAUCCGCGCCCGCUUCGCCUACUACGGGGCGCGCUUCCCCGCCUGGCAGAACAGCAUCCGCCACAACCUCUCGCUCAACGACUGCUUCGUCAAGGUGCCGCGGGAGCCCGGCCGGCCGGGCAAGGGCAGCUACUGGCGCCUGGACCCCGCCUGCCGCGGCAUGUUCGACCACGGCAGCUUCCUGCGCCGCCGCAAGCGCUUCAAGCGCCCGCCGCCGUCGCCCGCCCCGACCGCGCUGCCGCCGCCGCCGCUGCCCCUGGACGUGCUGCUGCUGCUGCGCGGGCCGGCGCCGCCUCCUCCGCGCCCCUUCACCAUCGACAGCCUCCUGCGGGGCGCCGCGCCCGCGCCGCCCCCCGCCUGCGCCUGCUGCUGCCCGCCUCCGCCGCCGCUGCUGCCCGCCGCGCUGCUCGGCCUCCCGGGGUGCCCCGCCGCUGUCUGAGCCCACCGUGGGGGCAGCUUCGUGGGCUGCCCUCCCCUGCCUUGCCCCGCCUCGGCUUCACCCUGGUCCUGCACGGCUGCCCUCAUCCUUUGCCUGCCCCUGGUGCCUCACAGCUGCCCCCUCCUGGCUCCGCUUUGCCGGCACCUGCCCUGGGCAGAGGGCGGAUUGAAGAGCCAGGCAAAGCGGGGAGAGGAGCCCCGCCCGCCCUGCAACUGCAGCGUUGCUUCCUCCUGGCUUCCUCUGCACAUCUGGGAGCUGACCCAGCUCUUCCAUGGGUUGCAGGUCAGGUCCUUCCCCUCCCUGCUGGCUUCCAUGGGCCUGGUCCCUCCUGGCUGACCCCCCCCCACCUUUGCCCUGGUCCCUCACAGCUGCCCCUCUUGCUCGGUUCCCUCACAGCCACCCCGGCCAGACCUCAUACCAAGGUUGCACAGGCUAGAAACCCCCAAAGGACUAUUUAUUCUGUGGGUGCAGGUUCCCUUGUGAGCUGUUUUACCUGACAAGUACGUUUGUCAAGGCUAAAUAAAAAGGACAGUAAACAA